AUGACGAAUGGUACAAAAUUAUUAAAUAAUUUAUUAAUAAAACAAAAACAAAGAAUAGAGAAAUUUUUAAAUGAUAGUAUAAAUACUAUUCAAUUAAGUUGUGAUAUAUAUAUGAAACAGUUUCUAAAAGAUGGCUUUCAACAAUUAGAUGAUUUGACAUUUAAAUUGAUUAAAGAUGCAAUUCAUGAAUAUGAACAAUCUACACAACAAGCUAAUUAUUUUGAUUUAAAAUCUAAUAUACAAAAAUAUAUUGAGCCAUCAAUACGUUGUACACAACAAUUAUUAGAACAACGUUUUGAUCAAGAUGUUUAUACAAUUGCAAAAGAUAAUGCAGCAUUGCAAGUACAAAAACAAUUAUUAAAUAGUGCAAACAUAUUUUUUAAUAAACAAACACAAAAAGAAACUGAUAUAAAUGAAUUAAAUACUGUUUUAGAUGAAAAAUAUAAUGAACUAUAUAAAGAAUUUGAAAAUAAUUUAAAUUUAUUAGCAAAAUCGCAAGAUGAUAUAAUACAAACAGUAUUAGCAAUUUAUAAUCGUAUAGUUAAAACAAGAGGAACAACAGAAAAUCAACAUGAUGUUCAUAGCCUUUUCCCAAUACUUGAUCUUACUCUUUAUCGUGAACAAUAUCAAGAAUUCAGUGUGAUAUUUAGAACUAUACAAUCUUAUUUAACUGUACAACAAAAAUCGAAUAAAAAUAAGAAAUGGAAAAAUUUUUUUACAACUGGUACGUGGAAAACGCUUCGUGUAGCAUGGUUUGUAUGUAAUGAUAAUCUUAGUGAUGAAAGCAAUGAAGAGAUUCUUUCAAGUAUAGCAGAAGAUAUUAUACCGCAAUUACAGCAGAAUGUUAAUGCAAUGAUAUCAACAAUUAAAUUAUCGUAUAAUGAUCCAGAAUUAAUAACGAUCUUAAUGGAAUAUGUUAACAAUUCAAUGAUAUCUGCAACAUCACCAAUAGAACGACAUUGGAGAUAUUUAAAUAUACCACAAAUCGCAAAAGGUCUUAUAUGUAUAACGUUAAGUUUUUUAAUUGAACAAGCAAAAUUAAUCGAACAGCAUAAGCAUGAAGAAUUAAAAAGAUCAUUAUAUGAAUUAGAUGAAUGGAGAACAAAUAUAAAAGAACAAUUUUUAUCAAGUAAAGAUUCAUUUGAACAGGGUCAACAAUUUAAAAUUGAUUUACGGAAACAAAUUCUUAGCGAAAUAAUAAGAAUUUAUAGAAGAAUUAUUAUUUAUGAUAUACAUACCAAAAUAACUGAUAAUAGUGAAAUUGAACCUGAUAAAAUUGCAACUAAUGCUUACAAUGAUAGUAUUGGUUCAAAUCCACCAGAUGCUAAUAACAUAUUGAAAUAUGUCAUUGAUAUAAAUCGCUAUUAUCUAGAAAUAGCAUUAAAUAAAAUCGAAAUAAGUAAAGAAACAAUUGUUACAAAUCAAAUACAUGUAUUAGAGAGGAUUAUUUUUGAUUGUGUUAAUGUAGCUGUUAAAACUGUUGAAGAACAUACCUGCGAGAAUGUUCAACAAGUUUAUCAAGAUAUUGUUACAAAUAUUAAAAAAAUUAUACCAGAUUUUAAAUCAUCACAAAUGAUUGGUAUAUCAGCUGAAAUUAAAGAUUCAGAUCGAUUUAAAGAAAACUUUAAACAAUUAUUAUUAGAUCGCACAAAAAUGUAUGAAGGAAUUGUUACAUGCAAAAAUAUAUUUGAACGUGAAGCGACAAAAUCAUGUAUAGAUUUAAUAAAAAAACGUCUUGGUUGUCAAGCAAGAUGUCCAGGUUGUGGAGCAAAAUGUGAUAGUACUGAAAUUAGUCAUAUAAAACAUCAAAGCUCGCAUCAUUUAGUUAAGGCAUUUAAUGGUUGGAAACUUGAUGCUACAAAGGAACCAUCUUUAUAUUUAUGUUACGAAGUAUGGUUAACACAUGGUGCUAUUUCGGACAAGGAAAAAUUUAGCAGCACCAGAGAUUAUUUUUUAAAACGUAAUCCAGCAUGGUUCGAUAAUUUAGAUUUUAAAUCAAAAACAGUUGACAUGCAUAAAGAUUCUGAAAUACCAUUAGAACAAAGACGUGCUUGGAUGGCUGUUCGAACUGCUAUAGUUAAACGUUACGAAUCACGUGGAAUGCAAGAUUUUGAAUCUUAUGACGAAAAAUUGUAUCCUGCUAUUGAAAGUGUGCCAGCUGAUUUCCAACCGACAUGGGAUUACAUUAUAUCGUAA